AGCAAUGGUGUUCACGUUCUAUCAAGGCCCCGAAAUUUUUGUGACCAUCCCUACUCUUGAUUCAGCCAAUGAACGGCUUCUUUUGUCACAACCAUGGACUUGGGUGUAUGGAGGUGCUAUUAUUUUUAUUGCUGCAAUUUUUCGUUCCAUAUGGAAUGUUUUACAAUCAUCAACAGCUAGAGGGUACCCGGAUCAAAACACCAUGGUCUUUUUCUAUUGCUUGUUUGGGUCGAUGCAAUGUAUUGCUCUAUCUCCUUUCCUAGAGCCAAACCCAAGUGCUUGGGCCCUGCAACCUGGAGUUGGGAGCAUUGCUAUUGUUUUGGGUGCGAUUUAUUCGACUGCAUUUCACAGUAACGUUCAGACUUGGUGCUUGAAAAAGAAAGGUCCACUUUUUGUGGCCAUGUUUUCGCCUCUUUCAAUUGUUAUAGGAGUCAUCUUGGGCGUCACAUUUCUUGGUGAUUCACUUCACCUAGGAAGUGCCAUUGGAACCGUAGUGAUUACUGCUGGAUUUUACAUUGUGAUGUGGGGGCAAGCAAAAGAGAAGAACAUGUUAGUGGUCAUGAUUAACGAAGAUAUUGUUGUUGCAGAUGAACUUGGAUCAUCAGACCAAAACGCUCCUCUCCUUUCAUGCAGCAUGGAAUCAAAAUGUUAAUUUUAAUAGAAUAUUAUUGUC